AUGGACCACCAAUACGGCAUAGCGGUUACUAACAAAUUCGCGCUUUUUCUUGACGAGGAUGAGGAUCCGUUAGAAAUCUUAUCGAGGCAAGAAGAGCAAGCAAAGUCCAAGAAAAAAGAGGAAGGUGAUAAAAAGUCUUCUAAAUCCAAACAGAAAAAGAAUGCUGUCGCCGAGACGAAAGCAAAGGUUACUGAAACACCGGUGAUUAAAAAAGAAGAGAAAGCAGUACCUCCCAAACAGAAUGAAAGGGGCCGUGGCGGUGUCAGAAACCGCGAACCACGGGAAAUACGAGAUAAUGAAGGGGACAAACGGCCACCCAGGUGGCAAGCUCAGAAAGAGAACCGUGAAGGAAAAGUGGGAGAUGAAAAUGUGCCACCAGAGUUCAGGGAACGGCCAGAAGGUGGCUUCAGGAGACGGGAAGACAGAGGAGAUAGAGAAGGCAGUUUUGGAGGUGAGAGAGGUCGAGGACGUGGUCGGGGCAGGGGACGAGGUGGCCCACGAGGAGAGAGAGGCGGCUUUGGAGGUCCUAGGGGUGGCUUUGGAGGAGACAGGAAGCGAGAGUUUGAUCGUCACAGUGGCACAGACAAAACGGGAAUCAAACCUACCGAAAAGAAGGAAGGUGCAGGUGCUCAUAACUGGGGAAGCACAAAGGAUGAUAUUGAAGAGCAGUUGAGUCCAAAUGAAUCUAAUGAAUGGGGAACUAAACCUGAGGCUGGAGUGGAGAAUCCUGAACAAAACAGUGAGACACCUGAACAGCAGCAACCCCCUGAAGAGCCACAGCCCCAAGAGAUGACUUUGGAUGAGUGGAAAGCACUGCAGACACAACACAAACCUAAAGCAGAAUUCAACAUCCGCCAGCCUGGAGAAGGCGAAGAUGGAUCCAAAUGGUCUAAGGGAAGAGAGUACCACAAAAAGCACGAGGAUGAAGACGAGGAAGAGGAAGAAUCUGAGGAGGAGGAGGAAGAUGAUGAGGAGGAACGUCACGGACGGGGCAAACAGUUGGUGACCGAUAUUCGCAUCACCUUUAACGAUAAUCCCCGCAGGGGAAGAGGCAGACGCGGCGGCAGGGGUGGUCUUGAAAGAGGAGGCAUCACUGGCGGUCGUGGAUCUCGCGGUGGCAUGAGAGGAGUCGGUGGCAAACCCAGAGAGGCUGCCCCUCGCUUUGACGAUGAGGCAGACUUUCCAUCUCUGGUCAAGUCAGCAGCCUAG